AUGGGACGUCCUCGUUCAGUAAUUGCUCAAGGUUCAACACCAGCACCAAUUGACCAUGUUGUUAAUGAUGAUAAGAUUGAAUGUUUAGGAAGUCGUAGAUCACUUAGACUACUAUCAAGAAUAACAGGUAGAAAUGGUAUUGCUAAAUGCAUGAAGCAAAAUACACAAAUUAAAAAAAAUAUUAAAAAUGCAAUACUAUUAGAAUCAAGUCCACUACGUCCUCGUUCAGUAAUUGCUCAAGGUUCAACACCAGCAUCAAUUGACCACAUAAACCAUCAGCAUAAUGAUCAUUAUGAUGCCAAAAAUAUAAUAAUUGACUAUGUUAAUGAUGAUUGCCUGGCUCAAAUAUUCAUGUAUGUGCCAGCAUGUGAAAGACUAAAAAUUGCAAUGGUAUGCACGAAAUGGAAAAGAGCUCUUAAUUAUUCUUGGUUUAAUGUCACAAAACUUGAAUUAACUUAUUGGCGAUAUCAUGAAUUUCCAUAUUGUUUAGAAAAAUAUGAAACGGUUGAUGGAAAAUUAAAUUUUUUAAAGUCACUGCUUGAUAAAUGUGGUCGUUAUUUAAAAACAUUAGACUUGACAGCUUAUGGUUGUUGUAACAUAGUGCCAAUUAUCAAUGAUUAUUGUCCAAACCUCGAGAAACUUCGAUUGAGAUUUUACGAUACUGACGAUACAAUGUUAUCCAAUGCAUUUACACGUUUAUCUAAACUAAAAUCCUUGACAAUUAUAUUUGAAGCUAUGCAAAAUAAAAUAAUACCUGAGACUUUAAUAAAUUCAUUGAAAAACGUUGCUGGUACAUUGACUGAACUGUAUUUGCUAAAUUUUGUCAAUCACUUGGAUGAAAGCUGUGGUUAUCCAAAAAAUCUUCGUUAUGUGAUUCGUCGACUAAAAGCCCUGAAACGUUUUGAAGUUUCUGGUAUACGAGGUUUCAAAAAUUCAUUCAAGUAUUUAAAAAAUAAUGAAAUGUCAUUUUAUUUAAACCAUAAUCAAUAUCUUGAAAAACCUCGUUAUCUGGGACAUUGGUUUAUAAAUAUCAGGAAAUUAGAUUUAACAACUUACUUUAUUAAAGAUGAUACUUUGUAUACUAUUGCCAAUACCAUCAAACUAUUAAAAAUGUUAACUAUUAAUUGUGCUCAGAUAACCGAUGACGGUAUAGUAGCACUUUCAAAGAUGAAUAAUUUACAAAUUAUUUAUUUAAACGGUCACAGUAACAUCACUGAUUCUUCAAUAAAAUUGCUCAAAAAUAUAGUAAAAUUAUCUUUGCCACAAAGCAAUAAAAUUACUGAUGUUUCAGUCACGAAACUUGUUGAAAAUUCACCAAAAAUUGAGAAACUUUUACUUUACUACACAACAAGUGUGACUGCUAAUUUUGUCAAAAAAGCAGCAAAAAUAUCAAGUCAACGAAAACAACUUUUAAAAAUAUCCAUUCAUUCAUUAAUACUUCAUGUAAAAAGAUAUAGAUCACCGUAUUUUAAAAUAUAUAUUAUUAAAAAUAAAGAAUAAUGACAAAAAAAU